UAGAAAGCCAGGGCAGAUCACUGUAGUACAAAAUGCUGUCGUUAGCAGGAGCCAUUUUGCUAUUGUCAGGGCUGGUUUGUCUUCACGGUGGAUCAGUGAAGAAACAAGCUCCCUUGGUGUGCUACCGAUGUGACAAAGUAGCAGACGCGGUUGACUGCACCGUCACAGAAGCUUGUAAUACAGACGAGCAAUGUUUCACCGACAAGUAUAUCAGUGAAGAGGGAAAUGUUUACUUUUCACUUGGAUGUAAAGCUAAACGAAUUUGUGAUAUCCUGUCUUCCCUUGGGAAACGUGAUGAGGACGUUGAAGACAUGACUGACAGAGAAAAAAGAAACAUUAUCCACCUGUGUACACAGUGCUGCUCUUCUGGAUAUUGUAACAACAAGUUGUGUACCAUCGUCACAACCCCUAAACCAACCAGAAAAUGUCAGGUGUGUGAAAAUCCAGAAGUGGAUCCACUAUCCUGCACACAAAUCCAAAACUGUGAAGAUCAUCAGGAGUGCUAUGCCGAUGUUGUGAUGGACCAAAAUCAUAACAUCCGACACAGAAUGGGCUGUCGUAGCAAAUUGAUGUGUAAUGCUUUCCUCUCGCACGGCCACGGCUUGUCACAUGGCAGACGACAAGUUGGUAUCGGUAACGAUCCACAUGUCGCUCAGCUCUGUGGGGGAUGCUGCGACACGGACGCUUGUAACAGAAAGGGCUGCUACACUAUUCCACAUUACAACCUGACCCAACACGGAUAAACCCACUUCAUUCUUACUAGUCUUCCUUGAACAUGGCAAUAAACCUAUUGUUCAACAUAACCAGACCUGAAUAUUAACCUUGAAUAAGAUAACAUGAAUAAAAGACAUCUUCAGAAGCUGAA